GGACGUUUAGCUCGUUUUCACUGAACAGACUGCAUACUGUCUAUGGUUGUGAAAGACAUGUUUCAAGCGCUGCACGAAUCUUCUGACUCCUGAAGUGAACGUGGGAUUUUUUUUUUUGGCCGGUCCAGUGAAAAAGGGCAUGGAAGACAAUGAUGAAGAGGAGAGCUGCAGUAUAUACCCAAGCCUGGUUCCACUCGGUAGUGAGAUCAAGGCUAGGAUGCAGCAGUUUGUGGAUGAAAGGACGGAAGCAAACAUGUGGACGGCUGUGUUGAUCGGGGCUGUAUCAGUUGUUUCUGCCCUUGGAGUUGUUGUGUUUCUUCUCUACAGAAGAUACAAACUGUCAAAGGAGGCCGGUGUUCCUCACUAUCGCUUCAGGAAGAGAGAUAAGGUGUUGUUCUACGGCCGGAAAAUCAUGAGAAAGGUUCAGACGUUGUCCUCAACUCCUGCCUCUAAUUCAAACUCAGCUUCCCGGCAGAGAGUGAGGAAGAGGACCAAAGUCCUAUCUAUAGCUCGCAAGAUCCUGCGCAUCCGGAGGGAGCCCCCCACCCUGCAGCCCAAGGAGCCUCCUCCCUGUCUGCUGGAGGCUGACCUGACUGAGUUUGAUGUGCAGAACUCCCAUCUGCCUUCUGAGGUGCUGUACAUGCUGAAAAAUGUCAGGGUGCUUGGACACUUCGAGAAGCCUCUUUUCCUUGAGCUGUGUCGUCACAUGGUGCUAAUCCAGCUGCACCAGGGAGAGGGACUCUUUCGACCAGGGGACACUGAUGACAGUAUUUAUGUGGUUCAGGAUGGCCGCCUGGAGCUGUGUAUCCAUGAGAGUGAUGGUACAGAUGCUGUGGUGAAGGAUGUUUUACCAGGAGACAGUGUUCACAGUUUGCUCAGUAUCCUGGACAUCAUCACUGGUUAUCCAGCACCGUACAAAACAGUUUCUGCAAGAGCUGCAGUUCCCUCCACUGUCCUGCGCCUCCCAGCUGCAGCCUUCCAGUCAGUCUUUGAGAAAUAUCCUGAAACUCUGGUCCGUGUCAUCCAGAUAAUCAUGGUGCGUCUCCAAAGAGUCACCUUCCUUGCCUUACAUAACUACCUCGGCCUGACCACUGAGCUCUUCAACCCGGAGAGCCAAGCCAUCUCACUGGUGUCAGUAGCCAAUGUUCUGGGUGAGACUCAUCCACACAGAGGCCUCCGCAGGCAGCCUUCCCACUCUGAUGAUCUGGGCUCUGAAAAAGCUGAUGCAGAUUGCAGAUUUUCGGAAAAGUCUGGCAAUUCUGACAUGUCCACAUUUAAAUACAAGAAGUCUCGCUCUCUCUCCACCCCCAUGGCUGUUACAGGUGAAAUGUCAGUUGACCUCAACAGAGUAUUUGAACGAGCUAGAGUUGCCACUGAGGAGUUGACGCCCCACAGUCCGAUGAAGUCUAUUCUGAAGAAAAGUGUGACAAUGCAGCAGACUCCAUCUGCUGUUUACCACUACAGUGAUGCUGCAGGAGGAAAUGCCAGCCAUAACAGAGUUAAUGCCAUUUUCCAUGCUGCCAAAAAGGAUCUGUUACAGGUCAUCCAAAUACAGGACCCCAGUCUGCUGGAGGGGAGGGUGAAUCUUCGCCAAGUCAAAGCUGGCUCUGUUGUGGCCCACCAGGGAGACCAGGAUGUGAGCGUGGCAUUUGUCAUCUCAGGUUUGCUCCAUGUUUAUCAGCGUAUGAUAGACCGCGAGGAGGAAACUCUCCUGUUUGUCACCCAUCCAGGGGAGAUGGUGGGUCACCUGGCUGUUCUCACGGGGGAGCCCCUUAUUUUCACUGUUCGGGCUCACAGAGACUGCACCUUCCUCUCCAUAUCCAAGGCCCACUUUUAUGAGAUGAUGCGUGAGGAGCCCCGGGUGGUGCUGAAUGUUGCUCAUACUGUGGUGAAGAGGGUGUCACCAUUUGUCAGACAGAUUGACUUUGCCCUGGACUGGAUGGCUGUGGAGGCUGGUCGUGCUGUCUACAGACAGGGAGACAAGUCAGAUAGCACCUUCAUCGUCCUCAGUGGCCGAUUGCGCUCAGUCAUUGCAAAGGAUGAUGGGAAGAAGGAGCUGGCUGGAGAGUAUGGCCGUGGGGAUCUAAUUGGUGUGGUUGAGGCCCUGACCCACAUGAACAGAGCCACUACUGUCCAUGCUGUCAGGGACUCUGAGCUUGCCAAGCUACCUGAAGGAGCGCUGAGCUCCAUCAAGAGGAGGUACCCUCAGGUUGUUACCAGGCUGAUUCAUCUGCUGGGACAGAAGAUCCUGGGCAACAUGCAGCAGGUCAAUGGACCUCUGGCUGCUCGUAGUCUGGCUCUCCAAACCCCCACCAGUAAGUGGGAUGCAGGGAAUCCAGUCUCCAACCUGUCCACUGUGGCCAUCCUGCCUGUGUCUGAAGAGGUUCCCCUCACUGCCUUUACUUUGGAGCUGCAGCAUGCACUCAGUGGCAUUGGCCCCACUCUACUCCUGACCAGUGAUAGCAUCAAACAGCGACUAGGCGCUGCUGCUCUGGACAGCGUCCAUGAGUAUCGUCUGUCCAGCUGGCUCGGGCAGCAGGAAGACAUCCAUCGCAUCGUCCUCUACCAGUCUGACUCUGGCCUCACACCCUGGACCCAGCGCUGCAUCCGCCAGGCUGACUGCAUCAUCAUUGUGGGACUUGGUGAGCAGGAGCCCACUGUGGGUGAGUUGGAGCGGAUGUUGGAGGGCAGUGCAGUUCGUGCUCAGAAGCAGCUGGUGUUGCUGCACAGAGAGGACGGCCCACCACCCAAAGGGACGGCUGAGUGGCUGAACAUGCGGAGCUGGAUCUCCAGACACCAUCACCUGUCCUGCCCCCGCAGAGUCUUUUCCAAGAGGAGUUUACCUAAGCUGAGAGAGUUGUACCAGCGUGUGUUUGAAAAGUGUCCAGAUCGUCAUUCCGACUUCUCUCGUCUGGCCAGGAUCCUGACAGGAAACAGCAUCGCCCUUGUGCUGGGUGGAGGGGGCGCGAGGGGUUGCUCUCAGGUUGGCAUCCUGCGGGCGCUGAAUGAAGCGGGGAUCCCUAUCGACAUGGUGGGCGGCACCUCCAUUGGCUCUUUCAUGGGAGCGCUGUACGCUGAGGAGAAGAGCAACAGUCGCAUGAGGGUCCGGGCUCGCGAGUGGGCAAUGGAUAUGACCUCUUACUUCAAGAAGAUCUUGGAUCUGACCUACCCUGUCACCUCCAUGUUUUCUGGAGCUUCCUUUAACUCCGGCAUUAGCUCUGUCUUUAAGGACAAACAGAUAGAGGACCUGUGGCUGCCAUAUUUCAACAUUACAACUGAUAUCACAGCUUCCUCCAUGAGAGCUCAUACUGAUGGCUCGUUGUGGCGCUAUGUCAGGGCCAGCAUGUCACUGUCUGGUUACCUGCCACCUCUCUGUGAUCCCAAAGAUGGACACUUACUCAUGGACGGAGGGUACAUCAACAACCUGCCUGCCGAUGUGGCUCGCUCCAUGGGGGCUAAGGUUGUGAUUGCAAUUGAUGUUGGAAGUCGGGAUGAAACCAACCUGACCAACUAUGGGGACUCCCUGAGUGGGUGGUGGCUGCUGUGGAAACGCUUCAACCCACUAGCUGAGAAAGUCAAGGUCCUGAACAUGGCAGAGAUCCAAACCCGGCUUGCGUACGUCUGCUGUGUGCGGCAGCUGGAAGUGGUCAGAGAUAGUGAAUACUGUGAAUACAUUCGGCCGCCCAUCGACCACUACGGCACGCUGGAAUUCGGCAAGUUCGAUGAGAUCGCAGAGGUGGGAUACCAACACGGAAAGACUUUAUUCGAUGUGUGGCAGCGCAGUGGCGUGGUGGACAGCAUGCUGAAGGACAGACAUCAGGAGGAGUUCCACAAGACCAAAACUGGCCAUGUGGUCACCUGCCCGAAUGCCUCCUUCACUGACCUGGCGGAGAUUGUGUCGAGAAUCGAACCUGUCAAGAAUGCCUUAAUAAAUGAGGAGCUGUCUGAUGAAUACCAGACAGAUUAUGAUGAGGAGGCGGUGGAAAGCGCACUGUCUGAUUUUGAGGCGUUCACCCCCGGCAGCGAAUGCACUGAGGGAGAGGAGACGGCAGACACGGCUGAAACAGAUGAAGAAAUUCAAAUCCGUGUUCGACGCCGACUGAAAAAUGCCCCACAGAGUCCUCGGCCAUGACAUUUAGUCGAGGGUGUGAGAGCUUGGCAGGGCUGCAGAGCAUGGUCCACAGCACACAUUUCAAUGCAGUAUUUCUGGUAACCUGUGGGGAAAAAUUGACAAGAGCAUAACAAACAUGUAGCUGAUACUCAUGUGGCUGAUAUGUUGAAAGGCACUUCAGCAAGAAAGGAAAGUGGUGAUGGUACAGUGGCUCUCUUGGGGAAACAAGGGAAUAGCGAAGAAAUUUCAUUUAAUCAUCAUUUAAUUUACGAUAGUAAAGUGUUGGUUGUUCUUUUGGCUUGUUAACACACACAAGUUGCGGUAAAACAAUUUAUUGAUUCACCAUAGGAGCCUUGGAAGUCUUUAGAGGAUUGUUAUCUUGAGGCACAUCACAUAUAACUUAAAAAUGCCCUACAGUCUUUGUAUAUAAUAUUUCAUAAGCUAUGCACUUCUAUGCAUAACUGGUUCCUUCCAUACUAAGCACAGAUACACUUUGGCAUUUCCUCUCAGAGUAGAGGUAUUUGUUUAAUGUGAACAUUGUCUGGACUAUGUUGAAAAACAUGUGAUUCUUUGUUUUUUCUGGCAGUGCAAAGAUUAGUGAAAGCAGUAGUAUAAUAUUUAGGCAUUUUCCUGAUCAGUGAACCUGUGCCUGCCCCACUGAGAGCAGCACUGCAGGGGACACAUAAUGAAGUACUACAUCUAUCUUCAGCAAAGUUAACACUCUCACUAUCUGUCAAUUCCAUAGACUUUUCUAUACUGCAGACAUUUUAACCGUGCACAAGUAGAUUUUAGAAUACUAUAUACUAACCAGUUCUUGAUUCUGUGUCUGUGAACAAAGGAACUGGAACUCACCUGAGAGUAAUGGAUCAGUUCUUGUUGUGUCUUCACAUGGACAGUACCAGAUCAGUGUUUGAGAAGCGACUUACUGUCAGUGGUUACUAACACACCUCGUGCCUGGAGUUUUUCUGUCGAGCUGCAUGACAGUGAGAUCCACAGAAUGUGAUCACUAUUAUAAGUGCGAUCAUUACUUAGACCUACCUCUACCACCUAACCGUGGUACUACACUCAAACUAGUAUCAACCAAUUAAUGCACCAUUUUAUAGCUGUCAUGCCUCCUUUUUAAUUGCUGUGUUUGUGGUUAUGGACUGUGGUGAUUUAUUAUUUGAAGUAUUUCUGACUGGAAGGGACAAAAGAAGUGUUAUCAGCAUGAUGGCUGGAAUAAUAUUCUAGAUCAGUGGUUCCCAACCUUUUUUGUCUUGUGUACCCCCUGAGCCUUUUUGUCACACCAUGAGUACCCCCUCACUCAUGAGUGUUGAUGAUUCUCCAAAAGUGCUCAUAUGAAACGUUACACAACUUAUUAUUAGAUCAAAAUCAUUUUAUUUCAUCUCCUUAAUUUGAACAUUUAAUUAUCCUGCAUUUUCUUUCUUUUUUUUUUUUUAACUUAAAUUAAACAAAAAUAAAUAAUAUGUGAAUUUGUGAUGUGAACUAAUUGUGGUACACACGUACAGUUUUAUUAAUGGCCAUAUGAAAUGACUGAGAAUAUUUACUUAUCAUCUUGGAAAUAAAUUAAUAAAUAUUUCCAUGUACCCCUUGUAAUGUGUUGGCGUACCACUAGGGAACACCUGGUAGCCCUGGCUGGGAACCACUGGUCUAGAUACCAUGUUUUUAGUGCUAGAUGAUGUUGAUGUUAAUGAUUUUGUGUUAACAGGGAAUAGUUCGUGGAAUUUUGUGAACAAAUUGUUGGAUAAUAUUAAAAUAUGCACUACUUGAUAGAAACAUUUAGAUUUUUACUUUCUUUGUUGUUUUCACAGUCAAAAUUUUGAAAAGACGAAAUGGAAAAGUCCAGAAGUUUUUUUUUCUGUUUUGUUUUUUUAAUUGAGCUAGAAGUGUUUGUUGCUAUGUUAUAAUAAAAUUAUUUCUGACCUCA